AUGUCAUCAAGGAAGACAGCAACACGUCGUGCAACGACCAAAAAACGUGCACAGAGAGCAACUAGCAAUGUUUUUGCUAUGUUUGAUCAAGCACAGAUUGCAGAAUUCAAAGAAGCAUUCAAUAUGAUCGAUCAAAAUCGUGAUGGAUUCAUCGAAAAGGAGGAUCUUCAUGACAUGUUGGCAUCAUUAGGAAAGAAUCCAACAGAUGAUUAUCUUGAGGCAAUGAUGAAUGAAGCGCCUGGGCCAAUAAAUUUCACAAUGUUCCUUACUCUCUUCGGUGAGAGAUUACAAGGAACUGAUCCAGAGGAUGUUAUUAAAAAUGCUUUUGGAUGCUUUGAUGAAGACAAUAAUGGACAUAUUUCAGAGGAUCGUCUUAGAGAGUUGUUAACUACAAUGGGCGAUAGAUUUACUGACGAAGAGGUCGAUGAGAUGUAUCGUGAAGCUCCAAUAAAGCACAAUUUGUUUGACUAUAUCGAGUUCACUAGAAUCUUGAAGCAUGGGGCAAAGGAAAAUGAGAAUGAACAAUAAAAGGCAUUUUAUGUAUCUUAACUCUGUCAUGAUUUCCACCUUCAGUAUUUUUUAUGCUGCAUAUUACCAUUAUGUUUUGUAAAAGUGAUUAUUGAGCUCACUAACCAUUGCCAUUUCUUCUACUUAUGUUUUUGCAUUUCUUCUGUUUGGCUCUUACCUAUCGAUCGAAUCACUAACUUCAAAGAAAUUUAUAUCAAUUGAUGUUAAUUAUUCUUCCUUUAUAUAAGCGAAAAAUUAAAUUUUUUUAGUGUUAAUAAAGUUCUUUAAAUCGCAAUAAAACUGCGAAGUAAAACUCAAA